UUUCUUUCGAGUACAGUAGCAAAACAAACAAACAGACACCAUGGAUGCCAUCAAGAAGAAGAUGCAAGCGAUGAAAGUCGACAAGGAUGGAGCUUUGGAGCGCGCUCUCGUCUGCGAACAAGAGGCACGCGAUGCCAACACUCGCGCCGAAAAGGCCGAGGAGGAGGCUCGCCAGCUGCAAAAGAAAAUCCAGACCGUUGAGAACGAGCUGGAUCAGACCCAGGAGGCCCUCACCCUUGUCACUGGCAAGCUGGAGGAGAAGAACAAGGCCCUGCAGAAUGCCGAAUCUGAGGUUGCUGCUCUGAACCGUCGCAUUCAGUUGCUCGAAGAAGACUUGGAGCGCUCUGAGGAGCGUCUGGGUUCCGCCACAGCCAAGCUGUCGGAAGCCUCUCAGGCCGCCGAUGAGAGCGAACGUGCUCGCAAGAUUCUUGAGAAUCGCGCCCUUGCCGAUGAAGAACGCAUGGACGCUCUCGAGAAUCAGCUGAAGGAAGCGCGUUUCCUUGCUGAGGAGGCUGACAAGAAAUACGAUGAGGUUGCCCGUAAAUUGGCGAUGGUUGAAGCUGAUUUGGAGCGUGCCGAAGAACGUGCCGAACAGGGUGAAAACAAAAUUGUGGAGCUUGAGGAAGAGCUGCGCGUGGUUGGUAACAACCUGAAGUCCCUGGAAGUCUCUGAGGAGAAGGCCAACCAACGCGAGGAAGAAUACAAGAACCAAAUCAAGACCCUGAACACUCGUCUAAAGGAGGCUGAGGCUCGCGCUGAGUUCGCUGAACGUUCCGUUCAGAAAUUGCAGAAGGAAGUCGACAGGCUCGAAGAUGACACGAUCGUUGAGAAAGAACGCUACUGCCUGAUCAACGACAGCCUCGACGAAGCCUUCGUGGAUGUGAUUGUGGGCCUGGAGCCCUUCUGGAACCCGCGUAAUCCCAAGCCGCCCACGCCCGAGCUCACCGAGGAGGAUCUGGCCCGCAUUGCCGAAGCGAAAGCAGCGGCGGAGGCCAAGGCCGAAGCCGAGGCCGCCGAGCAGGCCGAGCGUGUGGCUGCGGCAGUGGCUGCUGCCCUGGCUGCGGGCAUCGAUCCGGCGACCCUGGUCGUCGAGGGUGCACCCGGAGAGCCGCCAGUGCCCAUCAAGAUACCAACACCACCGCCCAAGGAGCCCACUCCUCCACCACCACCGCCGCCACCAUUCGAGUACUCGAUCGAUUUGCCCCCAGAGGGUGCCGAGGUCCCGUAUGUCAAGAACUACGAGCCACCACCACCGGGAUCGGAGCCAGAGCCCGUGCCAGCUGCCGAGGGAGAGGCUGCCGCCGCUGCCCCGCCGGCCGAGGGAGAAGCCGCACCUGCCGCACCGGCUGAGGGUGCAGCCCCACCACCUGCCGAUGGAGCAGCACCGCCCGCUGAGGGAGCUGCCCCCGCCGAAGGAGCUGCUCCGGCGGCUGAGGGAGCUGCACCCGCUGCCGAGGCUGCUCCUGCUGCUGAGGCUGCGCCUGCUGCUGCUGAGGCUGCACCUGCCGCCGAAGCUGCACCCGCUGCCGAGGCUGCCCCUGCCGCCGAGGCUGCUCCCGCCGAAGCACCACCAGCCUAAGCCGACCAUUGCGACCCCGAUGCUAGUCCCCAACAGAGUCUGCUGCGCAAAACCAAAGACACAACAACUGCUACAAAAUGCUGCCCUGCUUUUAUACACCUAAUUUUGAGCACGUUUUUGGAUACAUUUUUAAUUAAAAAUUUCAUUUAAUCGAAGCAUUGCAAAAACCAAAA